CCUUUCCAGAGAAAGGGAAGCCGGCCGCCUCCUGAGGAGAGCUGAGGCGACUCGCCACCGACGAAGGACAAGGCGCCGCCGCCGCCGCCACUGCGCACGGGAUUCGCCUCCUUCGGACGCUCCUCGCCGGGCGAGGGGGAAAACGAGCCCCAGGGCCGAACGAGCCUCAUGUGCGGCGACCGGGGCUGGCGAGAGCCCUCGAGGAGCCAGGCGCCGGGUUCCUCCGCGGUGCUCCGCAAGCGGCAGCCGCAGUGACCAGAAAGGGACCUUUAAAAAAAAAUAGUUCGGAUAACCCUCGGCUCCAGGCCGCCCAGCAGAGUCUUGGUGGCCGGCGUGUGUGUGUGUGUAGGUAGUGAGGACGUCGACAGAGACGCGCGAAGGUUUUCUGGGGAGGGAAGAAAGGCGGGCUGGGAGUGGCGGAGGAUGGGCGCGCCUUGACGCGCGGGGAGGCAAAGGCGGGAGAGACCACCACUGCUGCCGCCGUCUCCGCGCCUAAUCGCGAACUGGACCCCUAUGUGCGUGUUGGCGGAGACUCCUGACGGGCAAGCCGCCUCCUCGGAUCGUGCCGAUCGCGACAGGGUUGCCGGCCCUUGGAUCUCAGCCGUCGCCAGUACGCGCGGCGCGGUGGCGCCACCAGCAGCAACAGCACCGAUCUUCUCUAUGUAAGCUUCUCCGGAUGGCGAUAGAUCGGCGACGAGAGGAGGGCGGCGGAGGAGGAGGGCGGCAGCUACCCGAGGAGAACGGCUCUUUGCCGGCUGGGGAGGCGGACCCUGCGGCUGCGGCGACGGCCGCCCCUCCUGCCGGGGGUCUGGCGGCGGAGAUCCAGAGCCUGCCUCCGCCUCCGCCUCCUUCCGGGUCGUGCAACCCGCUGCUCUUGGAUUACGAUGGCUCGGUGCUGCCUCUCCUGGGCGGGAUGGGCGGCGGGCACCAGAAGACCCUCAUCCUGCUCACCUGGAUCCCGGCCCUGUUCAUCGGCUUCAGCCAGUUCUCGGACAGCUUCCUCUUGGUGCAGCCUGUCUCUUGGUGCAAGGGCACGGAUGGGCAGGGCAACUGGACGGGGCACCCGCACCUGCCCGCUGCUGCUCGGGGCCUCGCCACCAGCCCCAGCUACAACCACAGCAGCAGCUACAGCAGAGGGAUGCUGGCGGCGCCAGAACUGCCCACCCCCGAGGGGAAGAACGACAGCUACUGUGACUGUAGCGAGAGGUAUCACCGGAUCUCGGCUGGCCUUCGGCAGAACAUAGUCAGCAAGUGGGAUCUUGUUUGUGAUUCUGCCUGGAAAGUCCACAUCGCAAAAUUCUCUUUGCUUGUAGGAUUAAUCUUUGGCUACCUAAUAACAGGAUGUAUAGCUGACUGGGUUGGUCGUCGGCCAGUGCUGCUCUUCUCUGUUCUAUUCAUUUUGAUAUUUGGACUGACUGUGGCCCUCUCCGUGAAUGUGACGAUGUUCAGCACACUCAGGUUUUUCGAAGGGUUUUGCCUGGCUGGAAUAAUCCUUUCAUUGUACGUAUUAAGAAUAGAACUCUGUCCUCCUGGUCACCGUUUCAUGAUAACGAUGGUGGCGAGUUUUGUAGCAAUGUCAGGGCAGUUCCUCAUGCCGGGUUUGGCCGCCCUCUGCCGGGACUGGCAAGUUCUCCAAGCUGUCAUCAUCUGCCCCUUCCUGCUGAUGUUGUUGUACUGGUUUGUUUUCCCAGAAUCCCUUCGGUGGCUGAUGGCCACCCAACAGUUCGAAGCUGCAAAGAAGCUCAUCCUUCACAUCACUCACAAGGACAGGACAAGCACAGAAUGUGAUAUCAAAGGGGUAUUGCCCGGCCAGAAAUGGUUCCUCAUGCCAGGAAGUGACGAACAGGACAACCCGUCACAUGGCUUUGCUAUCAGGGCGUUCCAGAUUGGGGAUGAGGGAAGCAGCCAGGCUGGAGAAUUAGAGAGAGAACUUGGCAGGAGGCCGAAGAAGGUCUGCAUUGUUAAAGUGGUGGGAACCAGGAACCUGUGGAAAAACAUCGUUGUGCUGUGUGUUAAUUCGCUGACUGGCUAUGGGAUACACCACUGCUUUGCAAAGAGUAUGAUGGGUCACGAAGAUAAGAUGUCACUCACCAACAAUUUCUAUGCGGACUACUAUACCAUGGCAGGGAUAGCGCUGGCAUCCUGCCUAGCCAUGUGCCCUGUUGUUGGAUUCCUUGGGCGAAGAGGAGGAUUGCUGCUCUUCAUGAUCCUCACUGCUCUGGCUUCGCUUUUACAACUAGGUCUUCUCAACUUGAUAGGAAAAUACAGUCAACUUCCAGACUCAGGUAUGAGCGACACUGUAAAGGACAAAUUCUCUACAGCGUUUUCCAUCGUCGGGAUGUUUUCAUCACACGCAGUAGGAAGUCUCAGCGUUUUCUUCUGUGCAGAAAUCACACCAACAGUUAUAAGGGGAGGUGGGCUUGGCCUCGUCCAGGCGAGCGCAGGCUUUGGCAUGCUCACGGCGCCCAUCAUGGAGCUCCACAACCAGAAAGGCUACUUCCUGCACCAUGUCAUCUUUGCCUGCUGCACCCUCAUCUGCAUCAUCUGUAUCCUCCUGCUGCCCGAGAGCAAAAACCAGAACCUGCCGGAGAACAUUCCAGAUGGCGAACAUUACACCCGCCAGCCCCUCCUGCCGCACAAGAAGGGGGAACAGCCUCUGCUGCUGACAAACUCCGAACUCAAGGAUUACUCUGGCCUCCAUGAUUCGGCCGCCGUGAACGACGGAGUGUCCGAGAGCGUCACUGCCAACGGGAUGAAGGCGAUAUAGCUGGCCGGCUGGAGGAGAAAGCACUUUUGGUGAGGCAGUGCUUUCCACAAGAGGUUUACAGACCAGUGAAAUUAAAGGGACAGAUAAAUGGGGGAUUUGGACUCUGCUGCUAAAGCCACUUUUCGUAGGAAUCUUUUGAUUGGGGUGCAAAUUGCUUUGGAACCAGUAAUGGGGGGGGAAUUCAUCAUCAAAGCAAACUGGCUGGAGACAAAACUGCCCGUCGGAACUUUUCUUUUCUUCCUGCCAUGAAAUGUUUCUAUUUAUUUUAAUGAUUCUCCCCACCAUGAAGCACUUUAUUCCCUUUUCUCCUUUGUUGACCACAAACAUGAAGCCGCGUUGUUCUCCGUAAGAGCAGACAUUCCAAGAUAGAAAUCAUGAGAUACGUUUUGCUUUUUAUUGUCUCUUUGUGCUUUUGUUGGAGGAAUGAAGCAUCUCCUUGCUGCGACAAAGAAUUCUUUGACUACUGACGUUUUAGGUUCAACCAAUUUUCUUUGUCUCUCCAGAUAAUCCAGUCCUCCCUACUACCAGCCCGUCUUGCAGUUUACCUACUGUAUAAGUGUGCAUACAAAGCUCUCACUUAAAAUUCCAACUCCGUUCUAGGCAGCAGAAAUCGAGUUUGGUUAGUGAGCUGUAGUCUGUUUUUUAAAAAGCUGUUUUCUAAACUUGAUUUAAAAGAAACCACUGCACAAGCAAACUAUGGUUUUUCCAAUGGAGAUCAGGCAUGUGGAUUUAAAAGAGGAAUGUGUCUCUUUAUAGGGAAUUCUUUCAAGUGUUUAUUAUUAGUAAUAAUAACAACAACAAUAAGCAAUUUCAAAAUUCAUUACUCAGUGGUAAACAAGGCUUUACCUAAAGUGGUUCUGACCUAACACAGGUUCUAGGGACUAUAAGGUAGUGCUUUUUCUAUGAGAAUAUUUCCAAUUUGGGAAGGACUUGAACAUGCUUGGUCCAGAAGUGGCUAGACUGGAAAGUUCUGUCUAUCCCAACACUGGCUCAGCUGUGAGCCCUCCCUGUCCCCCAAAGACUGAUUUUAACAGACUAAUAUGAGUGGUAAGCUGUUAAUGAAAUGAUAUGAUAAAUUAAUGCUUCGGGUUAGGGGAAGAGGAGAUGGGGAGAUGGGGAAUAAUAAACCAAACAGGCUCUUUGGAUGUUUAAUGGAGACCAGAGUGGUUUCCUUAUGAGAUGUGUAAUAGUGCUUUUCCAAGAAUAGGUUUGCAUAUUAUCAGCCGGCUGCCAUUUUCCAACGUGAAAGCUUGUGGGAAAUGGCCACUUGAAGUGCACCAAAAUAAAAAUCCCAAGUGCUCUUGUAGGAUUUCUCCUCCCCCCCCCAAUAAACAAAUGCAUUGGCCCCCUAUGGUUCACUUGGCUGAAAACAGACGUCCCCUGAUCCUAAAUGUAUUUAGACACCGUAAUUCAACAGAGGUUGCUCCUGCUUAAAAUGGGUUUAGGAUCAGGAUGUCAACAAAGCAAAAAUAAAAAAUAAAAAGAGCAACCCUCUUCCUUCCUCUUCCACCAAAAGCUAACAACGAUUUAAAUGUUCUUAACACAAACAUAUGUUGGCUGCUCAAGCCGUGUUUGUUGCGCAAGAGCCUUGCAGAGCCAGCUUUGUCCAAGGAUGUUCUGGAGUUGCAGCUACUUUGCUUAUACUUAACGGUCCCCUUCCCUCCCCAUCCACUCAGACCAUGCAUUUGUGAUUGCCCAGUGGUACAGCCAUUUAAAUGAGUGCAGCAGCCAGAUGUGUGGUGACGUGUCACUUUGUUUGAUGUACAUCUUGCAUUUGUGGGUGAAGGAAAGGGACUCUUUCCCCCCCGCCCCCGGUGUGCUUUCCUCCCUGCCGUGACCCUUCUUUGCUCUAUAUAUUGUCUGUUAACUUGCUUGUGUUUCUUCUUUCUUCCUCUGCCAGGCUGCUUUUUGCAUUCCUGCGACCAAGCCCACAAAAGCGGCUUGUAAUGUAGCAAGUUGUGCAGCAUUUCAGUGCUGGCUUUUUGCUAGGAGGGCAAAAUGGGCCUGAUCUAAGAGGCAAGAAUGUAUGUACUUGAGAAGAAAAAAAAUGACGUUGUUGUAAAGCUGGUAACUUUCAUACAGAGGAUGAGACACUCGGGGAAAAUUUUUCUCAAGCCCCGUUGAGGGAAAGACAACAACACUGAAAUAAUUUCCCCCCCUAAAGUACCACUGCUGCAUUCACCUGAGUGGGACUUGAAAAAGUGCGAGCCCCAUCUUUCUUACACUCUCUAAUAAACUGUCUGGCUUCAACCACAAGAAAGGCCACUUUAUUCCUCUCCAUUCUUCUUUUAUGUCGAGACUAUUACAACCUUGCAGUGAAAAAUAAGGCCUCUUUGAAUUGUGCAGUAUUCAUGUGCCAAAUUUGUGUAACGCCUUUUAUAUAAUGCUUGUUAGCAAGCAACCUAUCAGGAACAUCCCUAGCAUUUCAGUAAAAUCUAUGAAGUAUAAUUUUUUUUCGUUGUUUUUAAACAAGAGUGGGCCCCUGAAAAGCAUUUUAGAGAGAGGCAGAGAGAGAAUUUGGUUAUGGACGUGCAAAAGGUCUAGGCCAACACACAGCACUUUUGCAAUCCUUGUGGUACAAAACAGAUUUUUAAUUCCCCGUCUCUGUGCAUAUAGUCUUAGAAUAGUGUAAUGAAUCAUGUGGACCACAUGCCAGCCUGUGGAGUUCAUUGCAUUUUAACACCAUUAAAGUCUUUGUUGUGCUCA